CGUGACUGCCCCGAGGCCCCUCCUGCCGCGGCGAGGGCGCUCCAUAAAAGCCUGCUGGCGACGGCUCUCCGCAUCCCAUCGGUGGCUCUCAUCCCUCACGGAGGCGCCCACAGCAGAGCACUCGCCGCGCAGAGACGCCAGCCCGCCCGCCACGAUGCUAGGUAGCAAGCGAAUGGGGCUGUGUGGACUGACCCUCGCUCUGUCCCUGCUUGUCUGUUUGGGCGUGCUGGCUGAGGGAUACCCCUCCAAGCCCGACAAUCCCGGCGAGGAUGCACCAGCGGAGGACAUGGCCAGAUACUACUCGGCUCUACGACACUACAUCAAUCUGAUCACCAGGCAGAGAUACGGCAAGAGAUCCAGCCCUGAGACACUGAUUUCAGACCUCUUAAUGAGAGAAAGCACAGAAAACGUCCCCAGAACAAGGCUUGAAGACCCUUCCAUGUGGUGAUGGGACAUGAAACUCCCUCUCCUGACUCUUCCUGUUUUCCACCCACAUCUCAUCUCAUCCUGUGAUACCCGUCUGCCUGUCCCACCAAUGCAUGCGGCCACCAGGCUGGAUUCUGCAUCAUUUCCCUUAUUGUCUCUGUAUAUAUGUGUGUUUAAAUAAAGUAUCAUGCAUUCAAAA